ACACUACGCUUCACCUACCCGGGUAGGUGAAGCGUAGUGUAGCGGUAGUGAAGUGGAGUGGAGCCUGCACGAACUUCGCUCGAGGUACAUGUACCUCGGCUCGAGCUCAGCAGUGCCAGUGCCUGGUUGAUUAACCCAGGGCAGGGAGCUCCGGCCCCACAAAUUUGCUGUCAUCCAAUCAAAGACCAUGAAAUCGGGAGCUUUCAUCAAACAGUUAUUGUAAUUUUGAAUCGUAACAGCCUUUGUGAUCUUGAUGUCUUUCAAUUCAGAGCCCAUCACCCAAAAAAGCCAAAGAUGCGAAUAAUGGCAAGCCUUCUGGACUGAGUCCUGAGCAGAAGCAACGGAUGGAGGAGAAGAAGAAGGAAGCUCUGGAGAAGCUUAAGAUGAAGAAGACCGAGAUAUCCCCCAUCAAUGGUGUCAAGAACGGACCAGAAGGCAUCGGUGCUUCUUGGGCGAAGGCUUUGUCAUCGGAGUUCUCCAAGCCGUAUUUUAUCAAAUUGCAAGAGUUUGUCGCUGCUGAACGGAGGAGCCAUACUAUCUACCCACCGGCACACCAGGUUUUUUCAUGGACACAGACGUGUAAUAUAAAAGAUGUGAAGGUAGUGAUCCUCGGUCAAGAUCCUUACCAUGGACCUGGUCAAGCACACGGUUUAUGCUUCAGUGUGCAAAAAGGAGUGAAACCACCCCCAAGUCUUGAGAACAUGUACAAGUGUCUGAAGAAGGACAUAGAUGGCUUUGAACAUCCUGGACAUGGUCACCUCAUCGGCUGGUCUAAACAAGGAGUACUACUCUUGAAUGCCGUCUUGACCGUACGAGCCAACAACCCAAACUCACACAAGGACAAAGGCUGGGAGAAGUUCACGACGGCAGUGAUAGCGUGGCUCAACUCAAACCUCAACGGUGUUGUCUUCAUGCUGUGGGGAUCCUAUGCACAGAAGAAAGGGAGCAUUAUUAACUCGAAGCGCCACCACGUGUUGAAGGCCGUCCAUCCAUCUCCUCUCUCAGCCCAUCGAGGGUUCUUCGACUGCCAGCACUUCUCCAGGACAAAUGAACUCUUAAAGGAAGCCGGCAAGAAACCGAUCGACUGGUCAAGGCUCUCCGACAAGAAUGUGUGAUUUUAUAAGGGCAAAAAGCCCAUCUGUUCCAGGCUCCCAAAUGUGGACAUAAGUGAAGAACUUUUGAUUUUAUCCUUUUUUAUAGAGAAUAUAUUUGUGUAUACAUAAAAGCAAGAGAGGUGGCUAGCUUGUGGCAUAAUGGAAGAGAGAAAACACAAAUUCUGUCAUGGAGAACAGCGAUAGCAAUGACAUCACAAAAGACUUCCUGCAUUUCAACGUUUUUGACACCAUAGUUUGGUGGAGCAUCCUGGUGGGUGUUUCAUAAAGCUGUUUGUAAGUUAAGAGACGAUGGGUGAUUGUGGUAAAUGGUAUAUAACAAAUGUUCAUUGGCGAUGGUUUAGCGCAUAAGAAAGGAUCACCAGAUGUUUUUGAAGUCGCUCUUAACUUACGAACAGCUUUUUAAAACAGCCCCUAGGACCCAAAUUGGAGAGAAUUAGCCCAUGGGGGAGUAUAUGAAUACAUACUUAGCCCCUUGAAAUCAGUGGCCCAUAUUCUGAUCUCUGGUCCGACACAACAGUACAGCUGCAUUUUACAUUCAUUAACUGUCUUGGAAUAAUUCUUAGUUUUCUCAUCAUUAAAGCAUGCUCUGAGGAAAAAGAAGAGUCUAAUCUUUCAAUGUACAGAAUAUUUAGAGCUUACCAUAAUUGUUGUCUCGCCUUGCCUUAACGGAGUUUUGGCAGAGACCGAGUGAUCAUUUAAACAUUUGUUUUUGUUCAACUUAUUUGUGCAUCAAUUGGUACAUAAAAGCCUUGGGUAAUACCACAUGUGUGUCCACGAGGAUGAUUUGCUCAAGUCCAUCCAUUUUUGUUCAACUUGCACUCUUUUUCUUCAUCUUCUGCAUUAAUUUUGAUGAUCCUUGGGUAAUACCACAUUUCUGCUAAUGAAUGUCAAAGAUCCUAUUGCAUAUUUAUUGAUCGUGAAAUCGGACUCGUGAUUCACAAACCACAAUGUUUUAACUGGACUUUUCUAAUGUAAAUUGUCGUGCUUCCAAAUGAUAAUAUUGACACUGAUUUCAAUGGGGCCUGGGCCUGUUGCAACUUUUGUACAGGGAAAAUUUAAACCAAAAUUACAAGCAUGUAGCUUUUUUUGCGAUACUUUCUCUGAUGUGGGAAUUAUAGUAAACUCUGGAAGUCUAUUUUCUCUGAAAUGGGUUUGUACUGUCGUAUCACGGUUUGGAAGACCGCCAACAAUAUGGUUUAAAGGGUUUUUAUAUGUAUUCAACUAUGUUAAUUCAGUAGUAUUCCAUCUUUUAAGAUGUAUAUAGGCUAGUUGAAACACACAUUUUUAUUAUUGUUAAACAAAAGAAAAUAAUGAGGGAUGUACAAAGAAGUUGACAGCAGCAAUCAUAGAUUCCAAGGUCGAGAUAUUUGUCUUAUUUGGACAGAUAUCAUUGGAAAAAGAAUUAUGGUAUACAAUUUUGUUGAAAGAUAUGUAGCCUUCUUACCUGAAAGAGGUUUGGAAUGUAGAAAACAAAUCACAGAGCAAAUUGUGUUUUACAAGGCUUUACUCUCUUGAGGUUAGGAGUAAAAAGUGUAAAAUAUUGUUACCGGUCUAAGCAGCCAAUCAAGAGUCAAUAUGAUUAUGAUGUAAACAAUAACUAGUCCAAGUAAUGUGUAUAAAAAUAGUUCCUCACCCAUUUUACCAAAACUUUUUAUCGUGCCAUAUAAAUGUUUUUUACUUUUCUAGAAA